CGCUGCUGCUAGCCGACCGUCGGUGUGUGUUGUUGUUGAAGCAAUGAUGGCGGCAGCGGGAUGCGGAUCAGCAACCGCGGCUGCCCUGGGAGGCCAAGGUGGAACCGCCACGGCCAGAGGUCGUUUCCCCGGUCGGCCUUGGUCAUCACGCAGUCGUUUGCGCUCUGAGAAGCGAUGGCAACUCGGGCGAUCGGGCUUAGAAGCUGAUGAUGUGACUAACGUAGGGCCGAGGCCCGCAAACCUGGUUGUAUCGUUAAACGAAGACCAGUCUCACAUACGCUUACUUGGAAUAGAGGCAAGCCACAAGAGCCUCGGUCAGGCUGGGUACAGCUCUAGUGGGAGUGAAGAGGUGAGGUCCCAAACCGACUCAGGAGGUGAUGACUUCAGAGGAUUUGAAGCUGAGAGGAAAGGCUCCAAAGGGCCCGUGUUGUCUCAACAAAAUUCUUCCAAAGGUGAUGCUGUCAAUACAAAAUCUAAACGAAAAAGCGAGAAGGCACCGCUUAAAACGCCAGCAGAGGAGGCAGCUAUCCUUCCCGAUCCUGUUAAAGAUGAAAAAUCUUUGGAUAAAAUACACGACACAUCUCUUGAAGCAAAGCCUGCAAAGGAUUGCAGGAAAGGUUCAAAAGGAAAGAACACAAUAGAUCGACAGUCCACCAAAAGCAAAUCUUCAUCCGCAGCUCCAAGGAUUACUAUAAAGUUGGUGGCCAAAAAGAAAAUAAAAACCAUAAAAGAGCCUCAGAAAAAAUCUGCCAAGAAGCUGAAGAUAAAAGAUAUCGAGGGUCAGCCAAAAGCUGAGGACAUUCCGGGUGACCAGAUUUUAAGUGCGCACGUCAAAUUAAAAACUGAACCGCAAGAGGAUAAACAUGGCACAGAUGAUAGAGGAGGGAGUACUGCACCUGCAAGGAGACGUGGGAGAUCUGCUUUAAAGACGGCAGAGUCUGUAUGUCAAACCAGCGGCAAAGUUGUGGUCGAUGACCACAUAUCAAAAGAGAAAGAAUCAACGGAUGAGUUUGACACUGUAAAGAAGAGCAGGAAUGGAGAGCCAAAACUGAAUGCAAAGAAAUUAAAGAAUAAGGAAACUGUUGCAAGUCAGGGUUCUGCAGUGAAGAAACUAGUGACUCGCAGGAGCAAUAGAGUCACCAACCCCGCCUCCAAAAGAGUCUCGGACAGUGCUACUGAACCAGAAAGUCUGAGUAAAAGUGAUACUGUUCUGACAGAGUCCAUGACAGAAGUUUCACAUGCAGCAGAAGCCAAACCGUUGGCGGGAAAUAACAAAAGAAGGCAAAGCAGGCGGCUAAAUAAAGAUGUAAAAGUGCCAGAAGACCAAGGUCUGUCAUCCACAGGAGCAGAUAGCAUGGCCGUACAACCCAGUGACAGUUUGCCUUUGAAAAAUGAGGAAACAAGGGUCCCGAGCUUAAAGUUAAUAAAAAUCAAAAACCCCAAAUAUGAUGCAAAGGCCAGUGGAAAGAAUUCAUCUCGAAAGAAAAAACGGAGAAAAUUUAUCUGGACUUUAACGUUGGUGAAGGGAGCAAGUCAGACAGCGGGCACUGAAACAACCGUCAAAGUAACGGCAAAUGCUGUGAGUGAGGUGGAUCAGCCCGCUGUUUGUGACACAGGUGUGAACAAAAAUAUAACGGAGGAACUGGAUAACACAGCCCCACAAGAGAGCGAAAGCACAGACAGUAAUGAGAAGGGUACCCAGAACCAGGGUGAUGUGCCCUUGGAAGAAGAGUCCGCUCCACAGGCGGAAGCUGAUGUUGAGCAAGUAUCUGAAACAUCUCCACUAGAAAUCCCUAAAACAGAGUGCGAGAAAAUUGUCCCCCCUCUUCAGAUUAAGAAAGUUUCUUCUCCUGGUAAACAUAGAGGCUCUAAGCCAUCCUUUUCGAUCCAGCAGGUGAGCCCUGGUUCUGAAAAGAAAGACGACAUCUUGAAGGAACCAAGCGAAGCUAAUAAUGAGGAUAAAUCCUUAUCUGUGGACCCUGAAGUCACACCAACCAGGAGACUAAGGAGGAGGACAUCAAGCAUUGAUUCGCCACAAGCGAAGCCUGUCGUCCAGAAGCCAGUGACUCCUCAGAAACGGAGGCUUAGGACAAGUCCACAGGAUGGGGCCACAGCACUGGUGCACGUUGAAGAUUCUUCUCAGGUUUCAACUGAAGAUUCCAGUUCACAUGUUCUUCCUGAAACCGUUUGUCAGGUUACAGCUGAGGACCAGUUGGACCUCACCAGUGUAAACUCCUCUGAAGUUCUUGACAAGGAUACCUCAAAGACUGUUGACGUUCCCUCACAGGUGCCAGUCGAAGCUUCUCCACAGAAGAUAGAGAAUGAGGUAGAACCACACAUUGAAGAGGCCAAACCAGUGCCCGUGCCUUCCAAACCUAGAAGAUGUAGGAAUAACAAACUAGGGAAAAAGAAGUCUGUGCAACGGAAGAAGGCUGUUGUUUCUCCCUUUGCUUUUCCUAUCAGUUCUCCUGCUGUUUCUCCUGCUGUUUCUCCUGCUGUUUCUCCUGUUCUUUCUCCUGUCGUUUCUCCUGUUCUUUCUCCUGUUAUUCCUCCUGAAGCUGUUGUCAACACUGAGCUACUUACAGACAGUUCUCCUAACACAGAGUCUGUUGUAAAGGAAAAUACUCAACCUUUGGCAUUAGAGGUGAGCCUGCCAGACACAAAAGAUUGCACUCAACAAGAGACCAAACAGGACACUGUGUCAGUGGAAGAAGAGCAGAUACUGCCGCCAGUAAAAGAAGAAACGGACAUUCAGUUAAUUGAUAGUCAACAAAGUUUGAUGUCAGAAAGUCAACAAAGUUUGAUGUCAGAAAGUCAACAAAGUUUGGUGUCAGAAAGUCAACAGAGUUUGGUGUCAGAAAGUCAGCAAAGUUUGGUGUCAGAAAGUCAACCAAGAAAUCCAAAACGUUCAAAACGGUCACUCAAAAAACUAAAGAAGAAACGCAAAAAUUUAAUUGGGCAGCGGCAGAAACACAGACACAGAAGCAGAGAUGGGAAAUUUGCUCCCCUAAAGGUUCCAGAAAGUGAGGAAUUAGUUGAGGGAGAUGGUGACAUUUCCACCCCCCUGGCAGCUGCCACACCGAACCUAAGUCCCAAACUUAUUGGAAUACAUAAAAAGUACAAAAAGAGACAGUCGGGUCUUCAGUUCAUUGGAUCCAAAGGACCAAAACCGCAAUCAAAAAUAAUUUCUACGCUGAUAGAAUUGGGACUUGAAAAAGACAGUUUGAAGCAGGAAGAAACAGACACGUCACUUGAUGGAGGGCAGGCAGAUGUUGUAGACCCUCAGCCCGGUAAGUCCAAAUUUGUAAAGAACAUCAAGCACUUCAUUAUGCCCGUUGUAAGUGCCAGGUCCUCACGAGUGAUCAAGACCCCUCAGAGGUUCAUGGAUGACGCUGGAAUGUCCGUGUUGCCUCGAAGAAACUCCCCGAAGAAGGGCUUACAACUGGGCUUGCAAAUACGUCCAGGAAAGAGGCGAGACGAAGGGGCAGACAGAGCAAUAUCCCCCAUCCUGCCGAUUGAUGAGGAGGACAUACUGAGUGAAGCUCAGCUUGAUGUCGAUCUGUUUUCAGCUCAGGACCUGGACGACAGCCUUGACAUAGCCGACAGCCUGUUCUCCGAGAGAAAAAGUGGGAAAAAUGAAAAGAGGGGGUCCCUUCUAAAGAACUCUAGUUUCAAGUGGCACAUGCCAGAAGAGUCUAGUGAGGAAGCAUAUACACUGGAUGAUACUCCAGAGGACAAAUGUGAUGAUCUGUUUUUAUCCAUGCCAGUUGACAAGCCCCCAGAAUUAUCUACUGACCUCCUGGAUGUUCAGAAAAAGAAAAGCUCCCUGAAGUUCAAUAAGCAAACGGCUCACCUCAAGAUUUUCCAAAAGCUGAAGAAGCCUCACAUGGGACUUCCCAAAAGCAAAACUCUAAUGGAAACGGAUAGUGUGAGUAAAGCUCUUCAGCCUCCUGUUGAUUUAGCAGAAGGACUCGACGAUGAGGCCAUGAGCAUCAGCCUCAGGCAACGGAGCACAAGCACAGAGAAGGACAAGUCCAAGCUCAAGAUAGAGGACCUCGACUCUCCUGGAGUGGUGAGGAAAGUGUCUGUGUGUGUUAGGACUAUGAACUCCAAGACCCUUGUAUUUCAGCGGGGUGAAGGCGAGGAUUUAGCCAGGAAAGACACUAUCCUGCUUAACCCAGGAGCAGAGCAGCACUCCGUCCCAGGCGAAGGCGACUGUCUUGGGUCAAUGGGAAAGGGAGCAUCACAAAGAGCACGCCUCACUGGUGCAAAUAAAAGAAUGUUCAAUCUCCUCAGGAAAGCCAAGGUCCAGCUUAUUAAAAUUGACCAGCAGAAACAGCUUAAGUCAUCUGGGCUAUUAGCCGGAGCCCGGUCUCAAGAUGUGACCUCCAAAAGACAAAGGAGGAAGCAGAGGGUGCCGCGGGAUUCUGAUGUUCCAGUCAAGACAGAGACGCCUCAAGGACAACCACAGCUCAUCUCCCCACUGUGCCAGGAGUUUCGCAGAGCAGGAGGUCCUCGCAUCAAGCACGUGUGCCGUGCUGCAUCUGUGGUGCUCGGGCAGCCUCGAGCCGUGGUGCCAGAUGACAUCCCCAGACUUAGCGCCUUGCCGCUUCAUGAAAGGUCUGGCAUUUCCCCAACGGCCGUCGCUAAAGAUGUUGGAUCUCCGUCUGAAUCAGAUAGUCCCGGGCUGUCUGAUCUAAAGGUCACAAAGGUCAAGAAGCCACCAAGUUUUGGGAAACGGAAAGGACUUGGGCCGUUUGGAUACCGCUCACGUAGAUGCGGAGUGUGCAAAGGUUGCAACCACGAGGAAGAUUGCGGCAAGUGCAUGAACUGCCUCGACAAACCCAAGUUCGGCGGUCCAAACACCAAACGGCAGUGUUGCGUAUACAAGAGGUGUGAUCAGAUUGAGGAGAGGAAAGCACGCAGGCUAAGUGGAAGAACAGCACCCAAAGGUUCCUCUAAGCGUCGGCGAUCUUCUCUCAGCGGGGGUCAUUCAAGUAACGAUGAAGGGAACGAGGGUGCUGGGGACUCGCCAUCUGGGCUCGCGGGUGAUGACCACAGUCCGUCUGUCAGGAAGCAGCCAAAGCGUGUUGUGAAACCCCGUGUCUAUUUUGACCUGGUGAACUACGAAUCAGAUGUAGAUGAUAAAGCUCUCUCAAGCUCUGCCUCUCCAGCAAGGAGAAGGGGAGCUGGACCUCGCUUUGAUCAAGAUUUUGUGUCACUGGAUGGAUUCCUUGGAGACAUUUCAGACGAUGAAGUCCGGCAUCGGAAGUCCAGUUCUCAUCGUGUACCGUCGGCCCGGCGUAAACCCGACAAGGUUCUCCCAUCUCAGGGUUCUUCAGAGCAGACUCCUCCCAGUGUCCUGGCUGCCCUGGCUCAUGGAUUUGAGCAGCGAGAGGUUGAGUCUUCUAAACCUACUCAUAAAAUCAGGGUUGACUUCAAGGAGGACUGUACUUUGGAGAACGUCUGGAAUAUGGGUGGCUUAAGUAUACUGACCUCUGCACCGCUGAUGCCACCCUACGUCUGCUUCCUUUGUGCCAGUAAAGGGCAACAUGAGAUGCUCUAUUGCCAAGUAUGCUGUGAACCCUUCCACCAGUUUUGCCUUGAACCAGCAGAGCGGCCCACUGAGGAGAAUAAAGAGAACUGGUGCUGUCGACGCUGCAAGUUUUGCCACGUAUGUGGCAGGAAAAACAAACUCUCAAAGCCUUUACUGGAGUGUGAAAGGUGCCAGAACUGUUAUCAUGCUUCCUGUUUGGGAUCCAACUAUCCAAAACAAAAUAAGAAGAGGAAAGCCUGGGUUUGUAUGACAUGCAUCAGGUGUAAAAGUUGUGGUGUAACACCAGGGAAGAGUUGGGACACUGAUUGGAACCAUGACAAAGGACUCUGUCCAGAUUGUUCAAAACUCUACGAACAGGGUAACUACUGUCCAAUCUGCUUCAAGUGCUAUGAGGACAAUGACUAUGACAGUCAGAUGAUGCAGUGUGGCACCUGUAACCAUUGGGUUCAUGCCAAGUGUGAGGAUCUAACAGAUGAGCUGUACGAGAUCCUGUCCAGCUUGCCAGAGAGCGUAGUGUAUUCGUGUCGACCGUGCAGCGUGACCCAGCCCAGCGCCUGGAGAGAGUUGCUCUACAUAGAGCUAAGGGCUGGGGUGGAGAAGGUGCUGGCCUGCUUGCUUUCCUCCACCCUCACCCAGCACCUUGUUACGUGUUCACAGUGUGAAAAGUCUGUGGACUGUGACAGCGGAGUGGAGGGUCGACCGGCCUGUGACCUCCGAGCUGUAGGCAAGAAGUUUGACAAAGGCCUUUAUACUACACUGAAAAUGUUCCAUGAGGAUGUGGUUCAGGUGGUGCGAAAGAGGCUUGAGCUCGAGGAGGAUCUUCCAGAGGAGCGCAGACCCACUGCCCUGGCCCGCUCUUACUACCUAAAGCUCCUUGAGGAGGUUUUCAAUUGGUUCAACAGCCAAGAUCCAAAGGUGUGGAACCUGUGUACCAAAGACUUACCCCCGGGGAUGUUGUCCAAUGCUGUUCGUCCUCCUACAGUAGAGCAUGUUUACGCCCAGUGGCAGGAGAGAGAGGAGCUCUCGUCCAGGGCUCCACUGAGGCUCCUGCAGGAGGAGAAUGGACAGAGCCUGGAUAUAAAAGAGGAAGAGGCGGUUUCUCCGAUGUCCGGGGAACCAAUGAGCCGGAACCACUUCAAAACUAGCAGGGCUGUCAGAUUCAAAGGGAAAAGGGGGCGGCUUUCGAAAGCUGAUCUGGACACUGGAUGGUCUAAAGAUGAUGAGAGACAGUGCUCUCUGUGCCAAAAAUAUGGAGACCUCAAACCGAAUGAAGCAGGCAGGUUACUGUACUUGGGUCAGAAUGAAUGGGCACACGUCAACUGCUGUCUGUGGUCUGCGGAGGUGUUUGAAGAGGACAAUGGCUCUCUGCUACAUGUGCACAGUGCUGUCACUAGAGGCCGCUUGAUGCGAUGUGAGCGCUGCAACCAGACGGGUGCCACAGUGGGCUGCUGCCUGACAUCAUGUCAAAGCAACUACCACUUCAUGUGUGCUCGAUCACGCCAGUGUGUGUUCCAGGACGAUAAAAAAGUCUAUUGCUACAAACACCAGCAUCUCAUCAGUGGCAGGAUGAUAACUGGUCAAGAAUUUGAAGUAAACCGCAGGGUAUAUGUGGAUUUUGAGGGCAUCAGCCUCCGCAGAAAGUUCUUGACUGGGCUGGAACCAGAACUGAUCAAUGUGAUGAUUGGUUCCUUACAGAUUGACAAGCUGGGUGUGUUGACAGAACUUUCAGCUAGCAAAGGAAAGCUGUUUCCUGUGGGAUUUCAGUGUUCUCGUUGGUACUGGAGUACCGUUAACCCAUUGCGACGGUGCAAAUACACAUGUACAAUCCGGGAGGUCCGGCCCAUUGUCCCAGAGAAGCCUGUUGAGGAGAUGCCUGACCAAGGGGACAACCAUACCAUUGCUCACAGCCCAUGUCCGUUACCUGAAUGUGAAGCCCCGGAGGCUGACAUGAUGGAAACCCAACCCCCUACUGAAGAAACCUUCGUUCCAGGUCCACCCCCGAAGUCAGAUCACAGCGCAAGGCCAAAGGUCCCCCCCUAUCCCCAACCCAGGAGACCAGCUGGAGGAAUGUCCCGCCCUCUGCCAUCUCCAGGCGUAAUCCAGGUGAAACCCCAUCACAUACUGACUGUAAGUGAUCUGGAAGAGACCCGUAGAGUUCGCCGCCACAGCCCACACUCACAGACAACAGGACUGCGCAGUCACAUGUCCCCCCCUCCUCUGGCACCUCUGACGGCACCGAUUACCCUCCGUGCUGGAAAAUCCUCCCUUCCUACCUCCCCAGUGUUUCCACUUGGUGCAACAGACCUGAUAAAUUCUCCGUCAUCCCGCCCAGUUGGAGGUAGAAGUGCUUCCUCAGUCCGAUGCCCUGGGAAUACGGGAACCCACUGUGCCUCAUCGUUCUUCCCUCAGUCUCCCUGGCAAGAGAAUCCUGUGAAUCUGCCAUUUCCUUCAUCCAUACAAAAUUUGCCCAGAACUCGAUUGUCAUUUGACCUGAGCCAGCCAGACUCAGUCGAGGUGCCGCACAACUUCCUAGCUUCACCGGAGCCUGAAGAUGUCUCUCCACCAAAUGGUACUUCACCUCAGGAAGAUUUAGACCAACAGAAGGAUGAAGAAGUGUUUCCUUACAGUUCGUUCCACAGGGAUGCCGGCAUAAGCCUGGGGCAAGAAAUGCGGACAGAGCUUGAGAUUGAAGAAACUCUCCUGAAUGAAGGGGAGGAAAUGAACUGUGGGAGUCAGAUAGUGGUGGAAGGUGAUGAUCAGGAUGAAUUUUGGGGAAGAGCCCAAGAGGUACACAAGAGGAAGACCCUUGUUGCCAAUCUGCCACGGCCUGCAGCCUCAGCCAGGGAUGACUUGGAAAGCACGUCCUCUGAUGAUGAUAUGGAGCACUAUUUUGACUUUUCAAGGACAAUAGUCAGCUGCCCUGGAGCUAAAGAUCAUUCCAGGUCUCCGUCCUCCCCUUCCUCCCGAACUAUGGCUCAGCUUGAUGGAGUUGAUGAUGGCACAGAGAGUGAUGCAAGUAUAGCAACCAACGAUGAGGCUCAGAAGACUGAUGGUGCCAGUCAAACUCGGAUACAAGCCAAAAACCUAAAUAAUAAAAAUGUCCCUGACCCCGAAACCACAGUUGCUGCACAGGCCCCCAAACCGUCAACCAUUGAUAAGCAAACAAACUCUAUAUCAGAUGCUGGAAAAGCUACUGACACUUCAGUGGAUCAGGAGACGGUGCUUUCUUCUCCAGUUGAUGGCACCAACUUGCUCACAAAGGUACCAGAGCCGUCCUGUUCAGAGGGGUUAUUGGUGGGUUCCAGUUUAGGACAGACCUCUGAAACACCCCUUAUUCUUGAGAGAUGUGACACAAGCCCUCUAGUUCCUCUGCUACAAGACCCGCCACUUGACACCCAGCAGCCAGAAGCCGAUGGAUCCUCGACCUCAGACCCUGACAGCAGCCACGUUAAGUCAUCAUCUGAGGUCUCAAAUCUGACGAUGAACCACGUAACAUCUAACACGGUGCAGCCCUCAUUAGCAGAUAGUGCUGACAACAGUCAGGGCUCCUUGCUGGGUCUGCUGCAGCCCUCCCCUUUAACGUCUACAGAUGUACAAAACCCCUCUCAAGGCCUGGACUCCCUGCACAUGUAUUCUUGUUUGCCGGGGUUCAGUCAGCCUGCUCUAGCAAGUAUUACGCUUCAACCAGUGACAGCCACGCAAGAGUCAUCAACCUUCCCGUCCGUGGAGCCUUUGUCUACUAAACUAACAACUCUAAGCCCUGUUGGAGAUGUUACACAACCACUGCUCAGUGUAACCCCUCAAAAUGACCCAGUGCUAUCAGGUACGUUAGGGACGGCAGCAACUAGUGGUACUAUUUCUGUACCUAUGUACUCCACACAAACACAGCCUUUGGGUUCCACAGCCGUCAGCAUUGUUUCUUCUUCAGCUUCGAUAUCGUGUCUUACUGGACUAUCAACACACUGUUCGGCCGUUUCAGCACCAGUGCAAACCACCUCGACCCCUGUUAUCUUAAAUGGUUUCAGUUCUUCAUCUGUGCAGAAGGAAGCUACAUCUGGCCACACAAUCUCCAUCAACUUCUCCACACCCAGACCAGCUAUAGAACCUCAGCCAGUGGUGCCCCAGGCAUUACCUGGUCAUGCCAUUCUUACUGUGAAGGAGGUUGGAGGUCCAAACGUAGAUCCUACACCACACGUCCUACUGGUGAACCGCCUUGGACAGAUCUUUGUAAAAAACCCCGAAAGCAACACGUUCCAGCUGCCCACUCCCAACUCUGCUUCCUAUAACUGUGUCACUCAGAUUGCCAGCCUUUUGCAGAGCAAUGCUCUCUCAGCCACUCUGGCAGCUGCUGGUAAUAUGACAGCUCCGCCACCUGGGGGCAACAUUGCAACAGCUGUUCCUCCAUCGGUCACUCCCGCAGUUCAGAAUGCAACCACGGUUACACAGCUGCUCACUCACAACAGCAACGGGGCAGUGGCUUCGGUUAAUGUCAAAAAAUCAAGGAAAAACCCCAAAUCAUCAAAAGAGGAAACUGGCCCAGACACGAGAAAACCAAAGAAGAAGAAAGAGUCCGGUGGAUCCAAAAAGUCCAAAACAUCCAAGUCCUCGGGUCAGCCUGCCCUAUCUACUGAGAAACAUCCCAUGACUCCUGCUGAAAGUGCCCAAGCAAUUAUCAAUCAGGCAAUGGCAAGUAACUACACUCCCAAGUGGGGUGGACUUCGGACAAUGAGCCCUUCCUCGCUAGUUUUGCCACCUGGCCUGUUAAUCGAACCAGAGGCCCCAGUGUCGCCUCCCUCUCCAUCACCAGCAUUGACGCCAGCCCCUGCGUCCCGCCCUCGCACCCAUGUCCGCAUGAAAAGAGUGUCUUCCCUGUCAGACCGCAUCGUCACAAAGAAGUCUAAAGUUGACUUCCUGCAGCCAGAGCCCAUCAGUGAGAAGGAGGAGUGUCGCAAACCAGCCUUUCCAAGCAUCUCCAGCAGGGCCUCAGGAGUUCGCAUCAAGACCCCAACGGUAAAAGGAGUAUUGAACCUGGACGAGUUAAAGGAGGAACACCUAAGUGAUUCGGACAGCUCGGGGUCGGAGCUUUGGAAUUUGAUGUCUCAGGGUGAACAAGGCAAACAGCAUUGGGAACCAGUGGGACACAACACCUUGACCGACUGGAAGAAAUACUCUGGUGUUGCUCCUAACUCGGACGAUGAACCAACAACGCCCGAUGAAGACGAGGGAUGUCCUGCCAACAGAGACCAGCCACACUUGAAAUUUGAGAUAACCAGUGACGAUGGUUUCAGUGUAGAAGCAGACAGCAUUGAGGUUGCUUGGAAAGCAGUCAUAGACGGGGUGCAGGAGGCACGAGCAAUUGCAAGGUUGAGGCCGUUGACGUUUCAGCGAGUCACUGGAGCCCGCAUGGUGGGUCUGGUCCAUGACUCUGUGGCGUUCUUGCUUGAGCAGCUCGAAGGAGCUCACCGCUGCCAACGGCAUACUUUUCGUUUCUUCAAGCAGUUCAGCCAGGAGGAUGAUCUGCCUGUGAAUCCGAGUGGCUGCGCCCGGUCUGAGCUCUACAUCAGGAAGUCCACAUUUGACAUCUUCAACUUCCUGGCCUCUCAGCACAGACAGCUCCCUGACAUUGGGCUGUAUGAUGACGAGGAAGAUGAGGUGCUGUUGAAGUCAACAAGGCGGGCAACUAGUUUGGAACUGCCCAUGGCCAUGCGCUUCAGACAUCUGGAAAGGACAUCCAAGGAGGCGGUAGGAGUGUACAGGUCUGCUAUCCACGGACGUGGCCUUUUCUGCAAGAGGAACAUCGAGGCGGGAGAGAUGGUUAUCGAAUACGCGGGCAUCGUCAUUCGAUCAGUGCUCACAGACAAAAGGGAGAAGUACUACGACAGCAAGGGUAUCGGCUGCUACAUGUUCCGCAUCGAUGACUUCGACGUGGUGGAUGCAACUAUGCACGGCAACGCGGCGAGGUUCAUCAACCACUCCUGUGAGCCUAACUGCUACUCCCGGGUGAUCAACGUGGAAGGUCGGAAGCAUAUUGUCAUCUUUGCUCUGAGAAAGAUCUACAGGGGGGAGGAGCUCACCUACGAUUACAAGUUCCCCAUCGAAGACGCCAGCAACAAACUCAACUGUAACUGUGGGGCCCGCCGAUGCCGUCGCUUCCUCAACUGAGAUGAAAAGCAGAGGAUCCUGUUUACUAGUAAGCCUUAAUUUAAGGUGGCACUGGAUUGGGCUGGGGGAGGCUGCAGGGGGAAUUAGCCACUAUGAGACUGGCCAGAAACAAUAGACUGGAAGAAGUGAUAUUUGGACAUUUUUUUUGGAGGAGAACCAGCACAGAAAAACCAUUGGAAAGUUUCUCGCCUCAUAUAUGUCCGCUAUUUACUUCGGCUUGCUUAGUUCAGAAGUACACCUGGCGCAGCAAUGUCACCACAGCAGUCUUCGCUGAGGAAGUGGUUUUGGUGCUCACGACAACAGGGCCCAUUCAACCGAAUGUUCAAGAGGGCGAGUUCCUGGAUCUAUUUGGAUGACGCCAACGGAAUUUCUGAAACACACAUCAAGCCUUACCUGUUUGAGUCAUUGCUGAAAACCUAUAGCUAAACUUUGAGAGAUUCCUUAUAUGUUUUAUUAUGUGUUUCUGGGAGGGGGGGGUAUGUCUCUGUAGUACACUUGUAAUCAUGAUCGCUCCAUCCUCUAGUGACGGGAACAUUGUAACCCCAUCUGUGCUGUGGUGAAGUCAGUCCUUGAGCCAUACAUUCACCCCUUAACAUUUAUUUGUGUGUUUUAUCUUGCGUGCAACUCUUAUCACUUUUUCAAUUUUUUUUUUCUUUUCUUUUUUCUUUUUGGACUUCCUUGUUGUGGAUAACAGAACAGCCAUGGUGCUAAGCUUUGAAAGCUUUGACUUUGUUUUGACUAAAAUGUCUCGCGAAUCAGGAAUCGUUCAGCUGUUUAUUCACCCUGCUGAGAACAUGUACCUUAAAUUUAUGCACUCGAAGCAGUACUCUUUGACAACGUCGGAAUAUUAAGUGGCUUUUAUGUUUCAUAUUUAAUGUCAUAGGUCUGCUGUUGAUCACCUACUCUCUUCCUGUGUCAAGUUUAAAAUGGAUCGAUAGUUCCUGUGAGUCACAUAGUGUCAUAGUUGUAAAAAUAGAAGCGUGUCUUGAAGGCAUGUUUUCGUUUUUGAUGUACAGUGUAUGUAGCAAACACUACCCAAGCCAAAAGUGAAGAUUUGUGGUGAAUAUCAGUUUUUUUUUUUUUUUUUAAAUGUAUAUUUUAUUACUCUCAUGGCAGAUUUUCAUUACCUAUUGCAAUAAGACUUCGCUGCCCUGCAGUUGCACAUAAAUAACCGUGUAAAAAAAAAAAACAAACAGACAAAAAAAAAAACAAACAUACAAAUUAUCUUUGUGAAACCUGCUACAGUUUCUCGUAAUCAGGGAGAGCACUGGUAUAUAAAGCAUUGCUACUGAGUGUGUACAUUCAGCUCCGGCUGCCUGCACCUGGCUUGUGGUGCACAGACUUUCUGGGUGUUGCAGAAAACGGUUUGUCCGGACGUGGAGCUGACGGAAAGCAUUCAGCACCUUUAAAAUAAUGUUUAAUGUCGUUGUGAGUUGAUGUUCAGUGCCGUCAUUGAUGAAGCUAAUUGAAUCCACACACUGUUCCAAUCAGUAGUUAUAUUUAUUCAUGUUUUGAUUUCUAUUUUUAAUAGUAAGAGGUUGUGCUGUGUAUAACUGGUGGCGGUCUAGCGUAUGAGGAGAUUUCCCCCAUUUGUAAUUACAUAUUAUUUUUUUUUUUUUCACUUUUAUUUUGUUUACAAGUCAUGUCCUUUGUUUCACUAAUUUACUUGAAUUCUUUUCUCGUUCGAGGCAGUCGUGUCUUGCAUUUAAGCCUUCAUGACAGAAAUAGGUCUAAAGCAGGUAUUUUUAAAGAGAUGUUUUUUUUUUUUGUUUUUGUUUUUUAUUAUUAUUUAGCUUUUCGUUACGAUAGAUUUCUGACGGUCUUAGAAUCAGCCACAGGAGUAAAGUGAGCACUGUUUGCCUACUCAAGCCCAUGAUCAUCUUUUCUUUCGCCUGUUGUUCUUUAAGCUUAGUAGGGCAUAUUUACAUCGUAUUUUGUCGUUAUCUUAAUCCCGCUUUUCCCUCUUGCAUGUCCAAUCACUGGGAUGGAGCCCAGAUUAGCUUGUGUCAAUCACCUAGCUGGCAACAAGAGCAGAGUCACUCCCAACUCCUUGCAAGGAUUCUACCUCAGCUGUUUAGACAGAUGUUUGGGAAUACUGAUGCAAAAAGAGAGGAUGAUGAUUUAAGAAUAGCUUGGUUUUAAUAUCCUGGUGUAUGUGUGUGUGCGUGUGCGUGCGUGUGUGUGUGUAAUGAAGGAUGCAAAGCACUAGUAAAAACCCGAAGUUAUCGUGACCAUCUCUCCCAGAAUCUGUUGAGAAAGCUGUAUGUUAUAUAUACACACACAUAUAUAUAUAUAUAUAAAUAUAUAUAGGGUUAUUUUAAAGUGUAAAAGACAUAAAAAUGAAAAUUUAUGUGUUUAAAUUUACGUCUUUGUUACCAUGUACAAAUAAACCCUAAGUUUGUAAAUAUUUGUAUACAUAUUUCUAAACCUGUUAAUUUUUCUAUGCACUUUUUUUAUUUAUAAUGUUAUUUGCUUAAUAAAGAUGUUAAGAUGUUUGAACAAA